AUGGUCCGAAGAACACACAAGAAGUCACGGAAUGGCUGUGUCGAAUGCAAGCGCCGCCACAUGAAGUGUGAUGAGAGAAGACCCAUAUGUUCCAACUGUACCAGCUCUCAACGCCACUGCGAGUUUGUGGGGCCUUUGCCUUUGGUGCAUGGCUCUCGCAGUGCAAGUCGUGAAUUGACGACCGCUUCGCCUUCGCUUCAAUCACAAUCUGCACUCUCACCCGCUCAGACCUUCCAGCAGCCCAGCAAAUUUACCGAGGAUGCGCCCGUUAAUAUGCUUCACGUCGAGUUACUUCAUAAUCUCUGGUCAGAUGGGAUGAACGCGCUCCUCAGUUCUGAAACUGCAGAAAAGAUCUCAUUCCAAGACUUUUUUUGCCAUGGUCUGGAUGCGCCUUAUCUCAUGAAUGAGUUGUUAUCUCUCAGUGCCUUGCAUCUGAGCAUCGUCCGACCAGAAAAACGAAAUUACUACCAGCAUCACUCUACCCAGUUGCAAAAUUAUGCAUUGAACUCUUUCAAUGCCAUGUCAUCACACAUUACAGCCGAAAAUACACCCCCGAUAUUCCUCUUCGCUGCCAUCCUGGGCUUGCAUAAGCUAUGUGAGACUUUGGUGUAUCGAGAUGAUGACUUCGAGGGAUUUCUUGAUCGAUUUGUGCAGUAUGUGAGACUGCAUCAUGGAGUGCGCGUUGUCGUAGGUCAAGGAAGAUGGGAGACUUUGCAGCAGACGAACUUGAAGCCAUUCCUGGAUUUCGGAACCAAGAUUCCUCCAUUGGAGUCAACAUUAGGCCCAGUAUGCCAGGAGUUGCUGGAUCGUAUCAAAAGCGUUGGUUUGGACGAUGCUACCUUCAGAAUCUAUCAACAGGCCGUGCAAAACGUGCAGUCAGUGAUGACGAUAGUAGAGGGGCAAGCACCGGGAGCCGACAGUGUAAACAUACUUGUUGCAUGGCCGAUACUUGUCUCCCGGGAGUAUAUUGACUUGCUUUCGGAGCGGAGAAGCGAGGCAUUGGUCAUCUUUGCUUACUAUGGAGCCCUUGUUGAUACCCAAAAGGAUAUAUGGCUAUUUCGUGAUGGCGGCGAGUACCUGGUCCGCUCAAUUAGCCAAUAUCUUGGCGCGCACUGGGAAGAAUGGCUUCGUUGGCCGUGUCAAAAUCUAACGGGGACGGUCCGAGCAACUCAAGAAAUAUAA